AUGAAUUCACUUCUAUAUUAUGCUAUUGCGCUCCUAUUUUUAGUAUCUAUCACCUUUGUUGACACUGAUAAUGUUCAGGAAGAACAAAAGGUCGUCGGCCUACAAACGGGCGGCCAACAAGAAGGAACGGCAGGCCAAGGUUCUAAUGUUGAUAAAGUAGGAGAUGGCAACGUCCCUGAUUUGACAGAAGAGAAGAAGGAGGAAACGGAUGCUGACAAAGCUAAAAAAGCAGAAGAAGCUAAAAAAGCAAAAGAUGACGAAGAAUUUAAGGCUACAGCUGCCAAGCAUAAUAUUACUGACAAACAGUGCUGGGUAUGUAAGAAAUGUGACGAGAAGGAGGACAAAAAUUGUGUCGAUGGUCAGAAGUGUACGAAUUGUGUCUAUAAUUACACUUGCGUCAAUGGUACCACCUGCUCUACGGAGUGUACCGGUGGUACAGGAUGCAAAGACGGCAAAUUCUGUCAGAAGUGCAGCGAAGGCUUUUUUGCCUGGAUUGGAUCUCUGCUAACGAGUCUCUGGGACUUUAUAGUGCCCGCCUGGUUCAUCAACAACCUCAAAGCCAUUAUGAUUGGAAUGGCUGUGAUUAUCGGUGUCACGAUCAUAUUGUUUAUCUUCACCGACUUACUUGACCCCGUUUCCAACUUCUUCGGAGGGCUCUAUAACAAGGCGCUUGGAACUUCCACAUCCAGAGGAUUCUUUGGCAUUUUUUCGUACCAACUGGUCUUUUCCAUUAUUUCUUUAUGCACUUUGGUUAUUUUCUCUGCCUCCUACUAUAAAGCUAGCCUUGCUGCUUUACUUGAUAGUCUUAAUCCUUCCCAAAAGCCUGGUGAUUCAGCAGCAUCUAAGCCAGCCGAACAACCAUCGCGCGCUAACAAAUCACAAAUUGUU